GUUGGGCAAACUAUAGCGAAUAUCUUUUUAUUAUCAUUCUUCCAUUUUCUUAACCUAUUCUAUUAUAAUUGGAGGAUACCUUGGAAAUGGGAUUUGGGGUUGAAAGUUCCUUUGGCGGGGGGCUAGUUGUACCGCGGAACAACGUGCCCCGUAAUGUAACACGUUAAUAAUAGAAAUCAAAUUUGUUUUAGGAUGAGAAACUACAAACGGAAAACCGAACGAGGCAAAGUUUCGAUUGACUUGCUGCAGCGGGCAGCUGAUGCUGUUAUUAGAGAUGGUCGUAAGCUUAAGACGGUCGCUCGAGAACUGGAAAUAUGCCACAUGACGUUAUUUCGUUAUGUCAAAAAGUUGAAGGCCGGUUUAACAUCCACUGUAGGCUAUUAUUCCAGACAAGUGUUCAACCAUGACCAGGAGAAGACAUUAGCCGAGUAUUUGUUGAAGUGUGCUUCAAUCUACUUUGGCCUCUUGCCAGAAGAAGUAAGGAAAUUGGCAUAUACUUGUGCUAUUAAAUUUGACAUGCAUAACAUUCCUGCCUCUUGGCAUAGAAAUAAAGAAGCUGGAGCUGAUUGGUUUACGGACGUUGGCGUUAAUGGACCGUUCAAAACAUAUUGUACCAAAGCUCAACAAAACUGGUUACGUAACAACCCAGGAAAGACAAUGUCUAUCUAUGAGAUACCUGGAAUUGUAAAGAUUGCAUGGCCUGUAGCAGCGACUCCCAAUAACAUAAUGAACGCGUUUAAAAAAGCAGGCAUAAGUCCAUACAACCCUGAUAUAUUUACGGAUGAAGAUUUUGCUCCGUCUUUUGUGACUGACCGACCUCUGCCUGACACUAACAUAUCGUUAUUGGAAUCAACUCAUAAUGAGGAAUCACAGCUCCAAAAAAUAACAGAUCAUGAAGAACCUGGGUUGAAUUGUAAUAUGGAAGGCAUCCCAGAUAUCGAGCCACGUCCAGCGACAACAGGACCCGUGACGAAUCAACCUCAACCAGGACCUUCAAACAUUGCCGAUUUCUCAAACAAUGUUGUAAUUCAAGCCACAUCUCGCAUAUUUUCCCCUGAAGCUAUCAAACCUUUACCAAAAGCACCACCAAGAUCAUCUACAGCAACUAAGCACCGAAUUAGAAAAUCAGCAAUACUGACAGAUACGCCUGAAAAGAACGCUUUAGCUGAAGAAAAAGCGAGAAGAGUGAAAAGCAAAACCAAAACAAAGGGAAACAAAAUUGAAAAGAGAAUUGGAAAAACAAACUCAAACAGUAUAGACAAGCAAAAUUGUAAAGUGAUAGGUAAAUCCGUAAGUGGUAAAAAAAAUGUGAAACGGAAAAUCCUCCAAGACGAUCAUGAAAGCGACAGCGAAGAAGACAGUCUGGAAUGGUAUUGUUUGAUAUGCUGCGACUCAUUUUCCAAUUCAAAACCAGGAGAACAAUGGAUUGAAUGCGUCAAGUGUAAGAAUUGGGCUCAUUCAAAAUGCCUAAAAUCUGAAGAUAUACAUUUUUUUGUUUGUCCGAAUUGUGAUUCGGAUGACGAAUACUUUGAAUAA